AAUCCAUCUCAUUCCACAACAUCUCUUAUUCAUUACAAAGCCAAAAAACAAGUGCAAAAGAAGAAAGAAAAAAAAUGUCUCUAAUAACAGAUGAAAUCAGAGCGAGUGCAACUGAAUUCUACUCUGGAAAUGACAUCUGCCAAGAGAAAUCAAAGUUUUUGUUAACAGAAAUGGGGCUACCUAAUGGCCUUCUCCCUAUGCAAGACAUGUUAGAAUGUGGCUAUGUCAAAGACACUGGCUUUGUUUGGCUCAAAUCCAAGAAAAAAACAGAGCACAAAUUUGAAAAAAUUGGGAGAUCAGUCCAAUAUGCCACUGAAGUCACAGCCUAUGUUGAGCCCACCAAGAUCAAGAAACUUACUGGGGUUAAAGCUAAAGAACUUCUUAUGUGGCUAACACUUAAUGAAAUUUGUGUCGAUGAGCCAUCCACUGGCAAAAUCCAUUUCAAGACUCCAACUGGACUUUCUAGGACUUUCCCUGUUUCAGCCUUUGAACUUGAUGAGCCCAAUAAGGAAGUCAAAGAGGAAGCCAAAGAUGUAGGUGCUGCUGCUGUUGCUGCAGUGGAAGUCAAAGAGGUGUAAGAAAAAAUAAAAUGAUUUGCUUAUUUUUUAUUUUAAAAAAAGUUGUUGUACUACUUACUAAAGCUGAGGAUGAUGAUUAUCUAUCCAUCUUGAUGUACUAAUGAUGAUCAAGUGGUUAAUUAUGUCAUCUCUUCUUUGAAUUUAGUCACAUUAUUAUUAAUAAACUUAGUUUAAUUCAACAGUUUA